CCCCCCCCCUCUAGUGAAGGGCACUUAUUCUAACAGUCUUUCUUAUCUAUUUUUUAAGGUGUUCUACGUGGACCGAGUGGUGCUCUAUAGACGGGACGUUGAGUGAAUGUCGCUUGCAUUUCUGGGAUGGACAUCUAAGAUCCUAAGGGAUAGGGAAAACAAUGAGGUCAAAGCAGGUGGAUUCGGGUUGGGGUAUGACGAUGGAAGAUUUGUUGGUGAGGUGGUGGAUGCAAGCUCUGGUGACACAGAUGUCGGGGCUGGUUUAGAACAGGAUAAUGUGGAAAAUGGUAAUGGUGAUGCACGAGAACCAAGGGGAGAGACGAGGGAUGAUCCGGUUGAGGUUUUUGUUCAAAAGUUUGCAGAAAAGGGGAGAAUUUUGGCUACCACAAUCAUCGACCUAGUGUCGUUGAUUGAGAGUGCACCACCUGGUACCAUGGAGAAUGAUGUGUUCAAGCAGCUGCAGCUUGCAGCGGGUAGAUUAUUGGGUCAGGCACAGCGUAGAGGUGGUGGAAGCUUAGAAACACCUCAGGGAGGAUUUUCAGAGGUGACCUAUGAUGAAGGUUUCUGGAGCGACCCUGCAAACAUAGAUCAGUUGGUAGCGAAUGAACAGGCAGUGCUGGCACGUUCAAAAUACAAGAAGAUCAUGGAGGAUAUGCCAUUGUUCAAUCUGUGGUUCUCGCAAUUGGAUGGAGAGAAUGAGAAUGUGAAUAUUGAUGGUGGUGAUAUGGGUGCUUGCAGAAAUACACCUAGCACUCUUGCAGUUCGGGUUGUGAAUGAGCCGAAGAGUAACUCAGGGGUUGAAAAUGAUUUCAUAACACCUGGAGAAGUGCAAUGUCAUGUGGGAGAUGCAGUUGAUAUGGAUUUGGCUGGUGGAAACAGGAAUCAGCCGGACACGAUUGGUAUGACAGCGGUUGCUGAUGUGAGUGCAGUGGGUGAUGGUACUGUGCGAGGAACUGUUACAGAACGUUCAAAAGCAGAGGUGAAGCCAUGCAAUGCAGCAAGGAAGUUGGCUAGGACAUUAAAACCCGCGGGCCAUUUGAGAUCACCCUACCUUACACGACUGAUAGAUCUUUCCGAUGGGUUAUCUGUCAUGGAGAGGAGGGUGACGAAUUGGGUGUUGCAGAAUCCAAAUGCUCCAAAGGAUGAAGCUGUUUUCGUGAAGGAUGGAUUGGAGUUGACAAGAGGUGAAAUUGCGUUGUUGGAUAUUGAGAAACAUAUUUCCAAGAGGGUGAUAGAUGUGUGGUCAACAAUACUGAACCAUAAUGAGAAAUUCAGAAGUGACAAUUCCCCGUUGCGUGUGUUUGCUAGGAGCAUGGAUUGUGUUGCAAAUGGGGAUAUAGUAGAUGUGUCUGAGGCGAAUGUGAAGAACAUGUUUGCAAAUGCGCUGCUUCCUGCGUGGGAUGACAUGGCAGAUGAUUUCAACUGGGGGAAAGCUGAACUGAACUGGGCAUAUGUGUUGUGUGUUGACCUAAAAAGCAGACGUUGUGACAUCCUAGAUAGCUCUUCAGCGAAAGCAAAAAACGAAGACAGAUAUGGCGACAUGCCAAAGCGAGUUGUGAGGUUGUUGGGUGAUUUUCUUGAGCAGCAGAGGUUUGUUUACAAAGGUAAAUGUGUUAGAGAAAUGCUUGCUAAGAGAAUUACGUUCCCUUGGAGAGAUCUGAAGGCUACCUUUGACUAUGGUGUGGCGACCAUGCGUCAUAUGGAGACGUAUAUGGGGGAUGGUGGCAAGGGAUGGCACAGUGGCUUGUCGAAGAUAAAUCAGAAGCCUAUGCUGUUGCUGCGCUGCAAGUACUGUGCAUGUAUACUUCUAAGCCCAGUUAAUGCACUGUUGGACAAGGUUUACGCAGAGUCAGAGAAGCUCGAAAGGGAGAGGAAGGGAAAGGAUCCUAAGUGAACCCAGACCUAGAAUGGCUGCAUCUUAUUUUUGUGUGUUAGUUGAAUUAUUUUUAUUAGUUGUUGGUGAAAGUUGGUGACACCAUACAUUGAUGGAAGUGCUAUAAGGAAACUAAUUAUCAGCCCAUAGUUUGGUUUAUUUUUUUUAUUUUUUGUGUGGAUUUGAGGAAAUUGUUUUUUUUGUAGAAGGUGUGAAUGGUUAUGGUUAUUUGAAUGAAGAUGUGGUGUUGCC